AUAAAACGAGCUCAUCACGCAAUCGCAGCUCUUUUUGUAAGGCUUUGUUUGGAACAGCAGCAGCAGGAGGUAGGACACAGAGCUGUCUAACCCCGUCGUUAACAAUGGUGAACGUUCCCAAGACAAAGAAGACUUAUUGCAAGAACAAGGAGUGCAAAAAGCACACUUUGCACAAGGUCACACAGUACAAGAAGGGGAAGGAUAGCCUAGCUGCUCAAGGAAAGCGCCGUUAUGAUCGCAAACAGUCAGGUUAUGGAGGUCAGACCAAGCCUGUGUUCCACAAGAAGGCUAAAACGACCAAGAAGAUUGUCUUGAGGUUGCAAUGCCAGAGUUGCAAGCACGUGUCCCAGCACCCUAUCAAGAGGUGCAAGCACUUUGAGAUUGGCGGAGAUAAGAAGGGCAAGGGGACGUCACUGUUUUAGAUGCAGCCCUCCAUUUAUUUUCAUGCUUCUUUACAUUACCUUGCAUGUUACAACUCGAAACAAUGGAUGGAUGAUUUGUUUACCUUGAUUUUUUCAAGUUUUCGUGACCAUUUAUCCUACCAUUUAUUUUAGCGUAUUCCAAUUUAAAUCUGCUCCUUUUUUGGA